AUGUCCCCCGGGGGCAAGUUCGACUUUGACGACGGGGGCUGCUACGUGGGGGGCUGGGAGGCGGGGCGGGCACAUGGCUACGGCGUGUGCACGGGGCCCGGCGCCCAGGGCGAGUACAGCGGCUGCUGGGCGCACGGCUUCGAGUCACUGGGCGUCUUCACGGGGCCCGGCGGACACAGCUACCAGGGCCACUGGCAGCAGGGCAAGCGCGAAGGGCUGGGCGUGGAGCGCAAGAGCCGCUGGACGUACCGCGGCGAGUGGCUGGGCGGGCUGAAGGGGCGCAGCGGCGUGUGGGAGAGCGUGUCGGGCCUGCGCUACGCCGGGCUCUGGAAGGACGGCUUCCAGGACGGCUACGGCACCGAGACCUACUCCGACGGAGGCACCUACCAGGGCCAGUGGCAGGCCGGGAAGCGCCACGGCUACGGGGUGCGCCAGAGCGUGCCCUACCACCAGGCGGCGCUGCUGCGCUCGCCCCGCCGCACCUCCCUGGACUCCGGCCACAGCGACCCCCCGACACCGCCCCCGCCCCUGCCCCUGCCGGGCGACGAGGGGGGCAGCCCGGCCUCGGGCUCCCGGGGCGGCUUCGUGCUGGCCGGGCCGGGGGACGCUGACGGCGCGUCCUCCCGAAAGCGCACCCCCGCGGCCGGCGGGUUCUUCCGCCGCUCGCUGCUGCUCAGCGGGCUCCGGGCGGGCGGGCGCCGCAGCUCCUUGGGCAGCAAGCGGGGCUCCCUGCGCAGCGAGGUGAGCAGCGAGGUGGGCAGCACAGGACCCCCGGGCUCCGAGGCCAGCGGGCCCCCGGCCCCAGCUCCGCCCGCCCUCAUCGAGGGCUCGGCCACUGAGGUGUAUGCGGGCGAAUGGCGCGCCGACCGGCGCAGCGGCUUCGGCGUGAGCCAGCGCUCCAACGGGCUGCGCUAUGAGGGCGAGUGGCUGGGCAACCGGCGGCACGGCUACGGACGCACCACCCGCCCGGACGGCUCCCGCGAGGAGGGCAAGUACAAGCGCAACCGGCUGGUGCACGGGGGGCGCGUGCGCAGCCUCCUGCCUCUGGCCCUUCGCCGGGGCAAAGUCAAGGAGAAGGUGGACAGGGCUGUCGAAGGCGCCCGUCGAGCCGUGAGCGCUGCCCGCCAGCGCCAGGAGAUCGCCGCUGCCAGGGCGGCAGAUGCCCUUCUAAAGGCAGUGGCAGCCAGCAGUGUCGCUGAGAAGGCUGUGGAGGCAGCUCGAAUGGCCAAACUGAUAGCCCAGGACCUGCAACCCAUGUUAGAGGCCCCAGGCCGCAGACCCAGGCAGGACUCAGAAGGUUCCGACACAGAACCCUUGGAUGAGGACAGCCCUGGGGUAUACGAGAAUGGACUGACCCCCUCAGAGGGCUCCCCUGAACUGCCCAGCAGUCCUGCCUCCUCCCGCCAACCCUGGCGACCCCCUGCCCGCCGGAGCCCACUGCCUCCUGGAGGGGACCGAGGUCCCUUCUCCAGCCCCAAAGCUUGGCCUGAGGAGUGGGGGGGCCCCGGUGAACAGGCAGAGGAACUAGCUGGCUAUGAGGCCGAGGACGAGGCUGGGAUGCAGGGGCCAGGGCCCAGAGACGGUUCCCCACUCCUCGGAGGCUGCAGCGACAGCUCCGGAAGUCUUCGAGAGGAGGAAGGGGAAGACGAAGAGCCCUUGCCCCAGCUGAGAACCCCAGGGGGCUUGGAGCCUGAGCCCAUGGCCACACCGGUCCUGAGGGACCCAGUCUCAAGGGGUCCUGAGGCCGGGUGCCUGACAGAAGAGCUUGAGGAGCCUGCUGCAACCGAGAGGCCCGCCCAGCCGGGAGCUGCCAACCCCCUGGUGGUGGGAGCCGUGGCCCUCCUGGACCUCAGCCUGGCGUUCCUGUUCUCCCAGCUCCUCACCUGAGGCUCCUGCCCAGCCUAGUUCUGGCUUCGGUUGCUGCCUCUUCACUUCUUUGACCUGCCUUUUUCUCUUUUCCUCCUCCUGGUUGUUUUUUCUCCUAUCUUUCUUUCUCUCCUUCCUUCUGUUUCUUUUCUGUCCCCCUUUGGUUUUGUCUUUUGCUUUUUCUUUCCAGCUCUCCUUUCAGAUUCUCUCAUUUAUUCUGGAUCUGUCUCUGUCUUCCUCACUCCCUCCCCCACCCCACCCCACCUCUCUCUCUAGAUUGUUUACAUAUGAAGGGCUUUUCUCGCUCAGAGUCGCUCUCUUCUCUGAGACACACAAAUCUAAGUCAGACCAUUGCCCCGUGUCUUCCCCGCCUUUUCUUUAGACCUGAACUUCGGUGAGGGUGGGGGUUUGGUGUCCUGAGGAGUCUCCUGGAAGCUGAGUGGAAAGGAAGAAGAAAAUGGAGAAGGGAUGACUGUAUACGGGGCAAGGCACUGGCUGAGCUGCUGUGGCUCCCUGACCCAAAGGGCCUGGUGUCCCUGCGAGGCCUAGUGAAAGAGCUGGAGGAGGUACGGCCUCCAUCUCUGACUGUGGAGGAGCCUAUUUCACCUCCAAGCACUGAGCUAGGUUCUUGCCUAACUCCAUACUUCCCUGAAGGAGACAAGGGAGAUGAAAAGUAGAAUGACUCCCUAGGAUCUCCCUCUUCCUUUCCUCAACAGCCAGCCCCCCGCCCAACCCCCUAGGGUGGCAUACCUUGUCAAGAGCAAUGUGUAAAGGAAAGAAACCGUCCAAUGCAGUCACGUCUACCCACUGACCUCU